AUGUCUUCAACUGAGCCCAACACUGACGAUAUGUCCGUGUAUCAUCCUCACGACCUGUUGAUCGCGCAGUUCUUUCCUGAUGAAGACAUAUCUUCUAUGGGCUACGACUCAACAAUGUACUCAGCAUUGUACCAAAGUGCACGUAUUCUUGAAAAGAUGGGUGAAAAGCCUCCUCGGAUCCCGUGGCCAAUGCCUCCACCUAGGUCACCAGAGUUUUUAGAGGCUGCUGUCGAACAAUGGCGAAGCGAGGCGCUACGGGCGAUUGACUCGCGCGUAGCCAAGUUCUCAUCAGAUGCUGUCCCGCGUCAUACUGUAGCUACACAAGAUCUUCAGGCUCCCGUAUCACCUGGUCCUUCUGCUUCAGUGCAUCGCCUUCUCCUUAUACCUGAACUGCUGGAACUCGUCCUACGACAAGCAACCCCUCAAGCACAGCAUACCGCAUGGAAUGUAAACCGUCUUUGGCGUAGGACGAUUGAACACAUUCUGGCCUAUGAGUACCGAUCGUACCAUCCCUGCCCCCCAGUUGAAUAUGGCGAUCGCAUUGAUAUACAGACAGGCAUCUCGUGGAUGCAGCCGCCCGACAACGAGAUCGCGCAUGUUGAGCAAGAGACUGCAACCGCGUCGCAAACACCUCUGCACGAGCUAAGGCAAGUCUACUACCCAGCUAGAAUCGUCCAAGCCAGCUCACUGUCCGGUGCUGCCUAUCGGGCGAUCCAAGAUGCGUACGAACGUCUCCAAUGGAAGCCUGCGGAACCCGACGCUGUUGAUCAAAGCCGGCGGUGGAUAGACCUCAGUCAAUUCGUGAUGAAUCCUCACGUUGUAGAGCUCUUUGGUGACCGCAUGCAACUGAAGCUAGGCAGAUGCGAGAUCGCGUUGAAGGCUGGAACUGGUCAGCCCCGCCUGGUUCAAGGGUCGCUACCCAGCGGGAACUUUGCAAAUUUGAUUGCUGAUAUGUUCUUGACGGAGCCUCCUUGCAAGGCACUAGGCAUCUACAUGACUCAACCGCACUCACACCAUUUGCAUUUACUUGUUUCUGUAUCUAGUGAAGAUGGAAUCCGUGUGGGACAAUUUCUAGACGCUCUUCAGCACCACGCAGGCAAGCUACUCACUGCAUGGAGAGUUCAAGUUGAACACCUUCGACGGAAGAUUGGGUGGUCACACUGGGCGGAUUUCAGCACUACUGAGCAAAAACGUCUUCCGUGGAUAUACCACGGCUCUCCAAAAUUCUUUGUGUUUCUGGAACAGAUACGGAAACGCCCUCAUACACGAGGGGUUUUUCGAACAUUAGCACAACAGGCUUAUACAAAGGGAGAAUCAACUGUCAUUGUACCUAGGAGUGAAUGGUUUGAUGAUUCUGGCAACUGUUAG